UUGUUCCGGGAAAGGCCGUUUGUGAACGCGGUGCGGAAUGCAGGCCAUUUCCCACUUUACAUGCCCAACAAUUCUAUGUUCCUUGACCCGUGCCGUCCAUGUUGGGAGGCCAUCCAAUCGCGCAUACGACGAACCCUUUGACAAUGAAGAUAGCUUGGCAAGCCAUAUUAAGGAAGCCACGGAGACGAUCACAGCUGCAGAAUGUAUUCGUUGGGUGAGCGAAGCCAAGUCGUAUAUCGAUCGCUGCUUAGCAAAAGAGCAAAUCCAGUAGGAAUGCUAUUAUGUUUUUUCUGUACCCAUUACACUCCUUUUUUAUGCCCUCCUUUUCCACUUCUUUCUUCAUGCACACUAGUCGUACCUAUGUCAACUUAUUUUUUUCCAUUCCACUCUUUCACUAUGCACCUGUCCUUCUACACUAGUUAUACUUAUGCCAAACUUUUUUUUCUCUGUGCAAUAAAUAUUAUAUUCAAGUAAAAA